UGACAACAGAAUGCUGGACUAGAUGGCCUCUUGGUCUGAUUCAGUACGGUUUUUAUGAUACCUUCUUUCCUGUGCUCUUUGUAAGAGUGCCUGAGAGAAUGAAGAUCAACACAGAUGAAAGCAGUGAGUCUGAGAAUGAAACAGAUGAAGACGAAGAGGAGGAAGAGGAAGGAGGUCUGUCAGAUGAGUCUGCAAAUGAAUGCCUUAAGAGACUGGAGGCAGAAAAUAAAGUAUCGCAAUACAACAGCUCUCAGGACAAAGAACAAGCCUUGAGCCGAGGGCACCCUGACCAAGCAGGCAAGAAGAGGGACCAGCCUGGUGUUUCCCUGAUAGAUCUGGAAGAACAAACAGCAGAAGAUUGUGAGCCAGAAGAGACAAGGAGAAAGAGAAAGAAAAAACACAGGCUGCUGUCCAUCAACCUGACCAACUGCAAAUAUGAGAGUGUUAGGCGUGCUGCUCGACGCUGUGGUCUGAAAGAAGUAGGGGAGGAUGAGGAGUGGACUGUUUACUGGACUGACUGCUCAGUCUCACUGGAACGUGUUAUGGACAUGAAGAGGUUUCAGAAAAUCAAUCACUUCCCCGGCAUGGCAGAGAUCUGCCGCAAGGACCUGCUUGCCCGCAACCUCAACCGCAUGCUCAAGCUCUUCCCCAAGGAGUACAGCAUCUUCCCACGCACCUGGUGCUUGCCUGCAGAUUAUGGGGAUUUCCAAGCUUAUGGACGCAUGAGAAAAAACAGGACAUACAUCUGCAAACCAGACAGUGGCUGCCAAGGACGGGGCAUCUUCAUUACACGUAAUCCCAAGGAGAUCAAGCAUGGCGAGCACAUGAUAUGCCAGCAGUAUAUUGCCAAGCCUUUCCUCAUUGAUGGCUUCAAGUUUGACAUGCGCAUCUACGUCCUGGUCACCUCCUGCGACCCACUGAAGGUCUUUGUGUACGAGGAAGGGCUGGCCCGCUUUGCCACCAUGAGGUACAUCGAGCCCAGCAGCAGCAACCUGGACGACAUCUGUAUGCAUCUGACCAACUACGCCAUCAACAAGCAUAAUGAGAACUUUGUGCGAGAUGACAACACAGGCAGUAAGAGGAAGCUGUCCACACUGAACGCCUGGAUGCAGGAGCACAGCUGUGACACAUCAGAGCUGUGGCGGGACAUUGAGGACAUCAUCAUCAAAACCCUCAUUGCUGCCCACCCAGUCCUGAAGCACAACUACCGCACCUGCUUUCCCAACCACAUCUCUGGCUGUGCCUGCUUUGAGAUCCUGGGCUUCGACAUCCUCCUCGACAGGAAACUCAAGCCUUGGCUCUUGGAGGUCAACCACUCCCCCAGCUUCACCACAGAUUCACGGCUGGAUCGUGAAGUGAAGGAUGCGCUGCUCUGUGAUGCCAUCAAUCUCAUCAACCUGCAUGCUUGUGACAAGAGGAAGGUGUUGGAGGAAGACAAGAGACGGGUGAAGGAGCGUCUUCUCCAGGCUCACCAGCCGCCACGUGAGGCCAGGCGUGAACAGAUGGAGAAUAACCAGGCAGCCUGGCUGGCGCAAGCAGAAAAGUAUGAGAACUGUCACUUGGGUGGCUACCGUCGUAUCUUCCCAUCACGUGGCACUGAGAAGUAUGCGCCCUUCUUCAAGCACAGUGGAUCCCUCUUCCAAGAAACAGUUGCCUCCAAAGCCAGAGAAGAGUGUGCCAGGCAGCAACUGGAGGAGAUCCGCCAGAAGCAGGAGCAGAGGGAAAGCACCGCCGGGAAGAAGAAAAGGGACGUGAAGGAGAGCUUGCAGGGGGAGUCGGCGGGGGAGAAGUCCCACGAGAAGGGCAAGGGCAAGUCCGCCCUCACCCGCCUGGCGUACAGCCACAGCAAGACCUGGAACCCAAAGAUGCCCUCUUUGCCCUAUGACAGCAUGACUCCCCAAGCCAUAGUCGAGGAAGAGGAAGUGGAGAGGGUCAAAGCUCUCCUGCGGCGUGAAAACCUCAUCCGUGGGCUGGGCAUUGUAGACCAGCUGACCCGCCUGCUCCGCAACACUGAGCCCAAGCCAGUGGAGAUCCAGAGGCCCCACAUUAACAUCUCUGAAAGCCAGCCCCACUUUCUCCAGGAUGUGUUUAAUAACCGAGAAUCCCAGAACCUGAUGACCCUCGUCCCCCUCUCCAUCUUAGGGGGCUCUGUCCAGGAGCUUGGACAGCAGAUCCUGCAGCAGCCCACAGCGCAAGGCCAGUUGCUGAGCCACCAAGGCUUCAUCCCAACCAUCCUGGGUGCCUUGUCGGGCCUUGGCCCUUCCCAGGAGUCCUCCUAUUCCUCACACUUCAAGCCCCAACUCCACAUCCAGCCGCCCAAGAACAUGAGCUGGCUCGGCACGGCCAUGGUUGGUGAGCCCUGCACUCUUGCCCGGAUGCUGAAGGCCGGAGGACGGCGAUUCGCCAGUGCCAAGAACAAGGUGGAUUGCAGCAGCCCUGCCAGCAAGAGGCCCUUGUACCUGAGCUCCGGCUCCCUGAGCUGCCUGUCUCACAACGGGAAAGCACCGAGCCACAUGUACAGCAGCUUCCCCUUCCCCUCCGUGGCGGCCCCACUAAACCGCUCUGAUGUGCACGGACUAGCCAUCAACUCCGCUUCAGCCCCCCUCGUCCGGCGCACCAGUCCACACCGCUCCAACAAUGUGGCCACGCUGCACCUCAACCAGCCCAGGAAAGGGACUUGACGACUUCUCAGCAGAACAGCGAUCCUAGGAGCAAGAAGAGCUGGGCUGGGGGAUCCUGCUGCUGCUGCUGCCGCCAGUGCCGAGAGGGGCAGAAAGGGAGACGGAGCCCCUGCCCUGCUGCCCCUGCUGCCCCGUCUCCCGGUGGCCCUGGACCCCCACAUCCCUCUGAGGCCACCUUCCGUGAACCCCUUGAACACUCGUUCUUCUAGUGCAGAGCAAUGCAGCCAGAGCACUUUUCCCUCCAGGCAGCAGCAAGUUCUGAGAACCGUCUUCAGCACCUUCGGCUGUGUGUCGUCAUCCCCUGCCCUCCGGCAUGUCAGCUUCCCUGUCACAGACGCCAGUCAGCCUGUCAAGGCUCAGGCGCCAUUCUGGAAGAGCACUAUGGGCUGGGAAGGGGGGUUCUUUUGUAACCGACUUUGUAUUAAAGUUUUAUACAGUUAUACAAUCUGCGGUCUGCCAAGUCAUAGCAUAUAGCUGCUUCCUUAAAAACAGAGGAAUUGCCCAGCUGCAUCAGUCCAAAGGCCCAUCUGAUCCAGCACCCUCUUUCCUAUCGCAGUCAACCAGAUGCCUCCGGGAAGCUCCCCUGGGGGCAACGGCCCUCUCCUGCUGCCC